AUGAAUACUUUCGACAUCUUUCUAACAAAUAAUACUCCUUACCAACUCCUUUUGGACGACCUUAAGCAAACUGAAUCAGUUGAUUUAUUACUAUAUCCUCUAUCUUAUACUGACGAAAUGGACAUAAAAGAAAAAUUUCACUCUAUUACAAGAGCAAUGUUUAGAGCUAAACGAAUUUAUAAUCAUAUUUCUUUCUUGAUUAAUGCUUUCUACUUAGACCAAUUUUUUGAAACUUUGGAGAAUGUGACUACACAAGUAACUUAUAUUAAGGAAAUAACUCGACAUUACUAUUUGGCCUCAGUUCGUAUUUAUUAUCUUUAUGAAGUAUUAGGAACAUUCCAAAUCGCUAAGUCACGAAACUUGACUCUCAAUCUAAUCUUAAGGAUAUCUAAAAGUCAAUUUAACAAAUUAGUUGACAAAGCUUUGAAUAUUUUUACGCGGAUGCAAAAUCUCAAAGGAGAGUGA